UUCAAUCAGAAGAAACCAAAAAAGGAAUACGCCUUCUAACACUAGAAAAAUGAAGAUAUAUAGUGGAUUUGCCAACCUCGCCAUCGCCUACCUUCUUUCUGCUUUUUUGCUUUUAGUCAUCCUGCCAUCCGAACAGAUCUCAGCCAUUGCCAUGCACCAUGGAGGUGGGGGAGGAGGAGGAGGUCUGGAAACUCUUCUUGCCGCUGGUAUACUAGCCAAGUUGUUAGGAAAAAGACACCACGGGCAUCACGCUCAACACAUCCCUAUUCCUAUUCCUAUUCCAGUUCACCACGGAGGUGGACAUGAACACCAUGUGGUUCACCAUGGCCAUCAUGGUCAUCAUCAUCAUCAUGGGAAAUAAGAUUCAUCGAUAACAAAACAACAAUAUUGUUCAAUAUACUUUUUGUUAUGGACGAUUUUUAAUAUGUAUAGAUUUCAUAAUUGUAGUUAUGUAA